CAUGCUAAAACCCAUGCUGGCCGUCUUGCUUGAACUAGUUAGGGUUGGGUCGGUUCAAUUCGGAAUGCCAUCAUCAGUAGACGUAAGUGUUUGAGCAGCAACACUCAAAAUCUUAAACCCCAAACACUCCUCACCUCUCUUCUUCUAUUUUCUCGUUCCGCCAUGGAUGGAAACUUAUACGACGAAUUCGGUAACUACAUCGGACCUGAUAUCGAAUCCGAUCAAGACAAUGACUCUGAUGAAAUCCCCUCCGACGACGAGCGCCAGUCCGACGAAGAACCCGACCCAUCAACCACUCAAGCGGGCCCCGGCAAUGGUUGGAUAUCUACCACAAACAAUGUCCAAUCCGACGAAGAUAUCGAAAUGGUUGAAAAUCAGGUUGUACUUGCUGAAGACAAGAAGUAUUAUCCUACUGCUGAAGAAGUUUAUGGUGAAGAUGUUGAAACCCUAGUUGAAGAUGAAGAUGAACUUCCUCUUGAACAACCUAUAAUUAAGCCUGUUAGAACACUUAAAUUUGAAUUAGGGGUUAAAGAUUCAUCUACGUAUGUUUCUACUCAGUUUAUGCUUGGUCUUAUGUCUAACCCUAAUUUAGUACGAAAUGUUGCACUUGUUGGUCAUCUUCAUCAUGGGAAGACUCUUUUUAUGGAUAUGCUUGUUGAACAGACUCAUCAUAUUUCUACUUUUGAUCCUAAGAAUGAGAAGCAUAUGAGAUAUACGGAUACAAGGGUUGACGAGCAGGAGAGGAGGAUUUCUAUUAAGUCAGUGCCGAUGUCUCUUGUCCUUGAGGAUAGCAACUCAAAGUCAUUUCUGAUCAAUAUCAUGGAUGCCCCUGGUCAUGUGAAUUUCUCCGAUGAAAUGAGUGCUGCUCUCAGGCUUGCUGAUGGAGCUGUCCUGGUUGUUGAUGCUGCUGAAGGUGUCAUGGUCAAUACUGAGAGGGCUAUUCGCCAUGCAAUCCAGGAACGCCUCCCAAUUGUUGUUGUUAUCAACAAGGUUGAUAGGUUGAUUACCGAGCUUAAAUUGCCUCCUAAGGAUGCCUACCAUAAGUUGAGGCAUACUCUGGAAAUUAUCAACAAUCAUAUUACAGCUGCUUCCUCAAGUGCUGGUAAUUUGCAGCUUAUAGAUCCCACAGCAGGAAACGUCUGCUUUGCCAGUGCGACAGCAGGAUGGUCAUUUACUUUGCAAUCAUUUGCAAAACUAUAUGUAAAACUGCAUGGGGUUCCAUUUGAUGCUACUAAGUUUGCUUCUCGUCUUUGGGGUGACAUUUACUACCAUCCUGACGGCAGAACUUUUAAGAGAAAACCUCCGGCAACUGGAGGGGAAAGAUCUUUUGUUCAGUUUAUUUUAGAACCCCUGUAUAAAUUAUAUAGUCAAGUUAUAGGAGAGCAUAAAAAGAGUGUAGAGGCUACACUAGCAGAACUUGGUGUUACACUUCCAAAUGCUGCAUACAGGUUGAAUGUUCGUCCAUUGCUAAGACUUGCCUGUAGCUCAGUUUUUGGUACAGCUACAGGCUUCACUGAUAUGAUCGUUCAUCACAUUCCCUGUGGCAAAGAAGCUGCUUCAAGAAAGGUUGACCACAUAUACACUGGUCCAAAAGACUCUGUGAUUUACCAGUUCAUGGAAAAUUGUGAUUCGUCGGGGCCGCUUAUGGUAAAUGUCACCAAACUCUAUCCGAAAUCAGAUUGCAGUGUUUUUGAUGCCUUUGGAAGAGUGUACAGUGGUGUGCUCCAAACUGGGCAGACUGUUCGUGUGCUGGGAGAAGGGUACUCACCUGAGGAUGAAGAAGAUAUGACUGAGAAAGAGGUAACAAAGCUGUGGGUUUACCAAGCUCGUUACAGGGUACCUAUAAGCAAGGCACCCCCUGGUUCAUGGGUUCUCAUUGAAGGUGUAGAUGCCUCUAUCAUGAAGACUGCAACACUAUGUAAUGUUGAUUUGGACGAGGAUGUCUACAUAUUCCGUCCUCUUCAGUUUAAUACACUUUCAGUGGUGAAAACUGCUACGGAGCCUCUUAAUCCUAGUGAACUACCAAAAAUGGUGGAGGGUCUGAGAAAAAUCAGCAAAAGCUACCCUCUUGCUAUUACCAAAGUAGAGGAAUCUGGGGAGCAUACUAUUUUGGGCACAGGGGAGUUGUACCUUGAUUCUAUCAUGAAGGACUUAAGGGAGCUUUAUUCUGAAGUAGAAGUGAAGGUUGCAGAUCCAGUUGUCUCGUUCUGUGAAACAGUGGUAGAAUCAUCAUCAAUGAAGUGUUUUGCAGAGACUCCAAAUAAGAAGAACAAGAUUACUAUGAUUGCGGAGCCAUUGGAGAGAGGUCUUGCGGAGGAUAUCGAGAAUGGUGUUGUGAGCAUUGAUUGGCCUCGAAAGAAACUGGGAGACUUUUUUCAAACGAAGUAUGACUGGGAUUUGUUGGCUGCACGUUCUAUAUGGGCUUUUGGUCCAGAUAAGCAGGGUCCUAACAUUCUAUUAGAUGACACACUUCCUAGUGAAGUUGACAAAAACAUGUUGAAUGCUGUGAAGGAUUCGAUUGUUCAAGGCUUCCAAUGGGGUGCUCGAGAAGGCCCUCUCUGCGAUGAACCAAUCCGAAAUGUUAAAUUCAAGAUAGUUGAUGCUAGGAUUGCUCCAGAGCCUUUACAUCGGGGCACUGGACAAAUCAUCCCCACUGCUCGUCGUGUGGCUUAUUCAGCUUUUCUUAUGGCGACCCCUCGUCUAAUGGAGCCAGUUUAUUAUGUGGAGAUACAAACGCCAAUAGAUUGUGUUUCUGCAAUCUACACGGUUUUGUCUCGUCGACGUGGCCAUGUGACUGCUGAUGUUCCCCAACCAGGAACCCCUGCUUAUAUUGUGAAGGCAUUUUUACCCGUGAUAGAAUCAUUUGGGUUCGAGACAGAUUUAAGAUAUCAUACACAAGGUCAAGCUUUCUGCCUCUCGGUGUUUGACCACUGGGCCAUCGUCCCUGGAGAUCCGCUUGACAAAAGCAUAGUUCUACGCCCUCUUGAGCCUGCCCCAGUACAGCACCUUGCACGAGAGUUCAUGGUCAAAACAAGGCGUAGAAAGGGUAUGAGCGAGGAUGUGACGAUCAACAAAUUCUUUGAUGAUGCCAUGGUUGCAGAGUUGGCUCAACAGGCCGCCGAUCUUCAUCUGCAGAUGAUAUGAAGGGUGGAUGAUCCACUGAUUUCCUUCUCUUAAUUGCCUAACAUCUUAGGAUGCCCUGUGUUUUUGAGUAGUGUUGUUUUAUUUCUGUAUAUUGAAUGUGGAUGCCGCCUUGAGGAUAUCAAAUGUAGACCCCUGAGGAUUUUGAUUAUUGAGAUAGUUAUACACAAUUCUUAAUGUAUUUUCUCCACAAGGAUUUUUUUUCA